GGCAUGGGUGUGAGAGUGUCAUGGUGGGUCGUGGUGGUGGAGGUGGGAGCAUAGCACUGCCCACCUCAAAGGCUGCUGCUCUGCCCCCCCUCCUGCCUGCCCACCCCCCCACCUGCUGCCAUGGUGCAGGCCAAUGAGGAAGUGAUGUCCCGCCCCUCUGAGUGUGACUCACGGCCCUCCACUAGUGGCUCUGGUCCGUAUGUCCACAAUAAGGUGGCGGUCAGCAAUAGGUGGCCCGGGGGGGCACGGCCCAAGAUCUUCAAUCACAGGUCCUUCAGCUCAGGAUCGCGACCCUCAGUGCUGUCACGGGCGUCAGGAUCUCUGCGGUCGGUGUCACGCCCGGGAUCUCGGACUGGCUCGGGUCUCGGCUCGCGGGGCUCACUGCUCUCAGGCUCGGUGGGGACAGCGGAGGAGGUGGGCUCAGGAGUGUCCAGACUACGGAGGGAGUUGCCUUCCAUAUCCGACAUCUGCGGGUAUGACGAGGUGCAGGAAUUACUGCGAGAUAUUGAGCAGCUCGAGUGCCGAAGAUGGACGUCUGACUGGGAUUCUUUUACCAUCCAGUCCUCACAUCCAGAUCUAGACAUCCCACACGACCUCGAUCUUCUCUCACACGACUUCGAAACCAUUUCACGGUGCGACUCUCGCCUCUCGUGGGACUCGCACGCUGGCCGACAGCCCGAGGAUGAGGAGGAGGACCCAGACCCCAGCCCCGGGGACAACUCGCCUGAACCUCCCAGAAACCGUCGUCCAACUCCCACUGUUACGAUAGCAUGGGAUGACUCUCACCUCAAGACCUCAGUUGGCAUUUUUAGACUAUUAUUAGUAGUUGUCUCAGUAAUAACAAUGACGUGUGCGUGUACAGUGGGCACAGCUCGCCUGAGUAUUUUUGUGUUGCCGGGUGCAUGGCGGCUGCGCGUAGUGGUGUUCACUGCCGUUUUCACCAUCCUCACUACCACCAUUCUCCUGCUGCUACACCUCUCAUCCCUCGUGCACUCACUCACACUACGUUGGGACAAGUUGGUUACAGUCAUUUAUGUGUUUGUAUGUGUGUGUUACUUGGUAUCGGCUUCAUUGCUGCUGCAUUUGCUGCAUCUCUACCAUACCACAUAUCCAUGGAUCCCAGCAUGGACCAAACAGCAACUACUAACAACAUCGCUUUGUGGCUGUGCAUGCGGGGUGGUGUCCCUGGUACUGGCGGUAAUCUCAGGGUGUGGGUGGCCUCGCUACGGCCGCGUGCUCAGUGAGGGCUCAACUACAGACACCACGUCCUCCCACCACCUUCAUACUCUCCACCACAUUAAUCCCCAUGCACUAGCGGGGCCAGCAGCUGGUGUGCUACCCUCCAGAGGGCUGCGGCAGGGGUCCGGGACCUCCUUGGGCCCGGGCAGUUAUCAAGGGCCCCAUGCCACUACAGCCUUCACCCCGGACAGCCUAAACGACCCGCAGCCGGGACCCUCCAAAGCUCUGCCACACAACCACACUCCUGCACGCCCUCAAGCCCUGCAUGGUCUUACUCAACAGCACGGGGUUUAGUGUCCACAAGCCAUGCUGAAAUCAGGGCCUACUUCCCUUCUCUUUUAUAGGGGCACUCAUGGGGCACUGCUCCAAGGAUGAGCUUAUAAGACUAUUAGUGUGUAUGGCGCAGUGUGGGAGCCAAUGUGAGGCGGUGUGGUGGAGGACAAAGGGCCAGACUAUGACUGUGAGGCCACCGCCACCAUAUGCUCGUACUGUAUGCACGUUCACCUUGUGAUACCCAGCUACCCAUGCUCCUUGCGGGAGAACUUUGCUUGUUGUUUUUCCAAGUUUUUAGAUGAACUUUGAGACUGGAGAUGUUAUUGCCCUUUUAGAUGAAUCUUGAUACCAGAGACUUUAAACCUGUGUAUAUAGUUAGACAACUAGUUUUCUAGGAUACUGGUUUUUAUUAUUCCUAUGCCAUAUUGCUUAAUUUUUUACUAGUUGACUCAAUUUCUUCCAUUCAGAUAUUAGAGCAAUGAGUGGUGCCAUCUUGUGACUGGGACUGCGCAGUGUUUGCUGUGCUGGCCAGCCAAGAAGCAAGACAUAUCCCUAGCCCUGAGCAUCUGACUCGCACUUUCACCGCAGCCCACCUUCCACUCACUCGUACAUGAAUACUCUUACCCAGUCCUUACCACAAUGUCAUUUCAACAAUUGGUGUCAUUUCAUUAUCAAGUCAUUACUAUAUGUCACCUUUUGAAACUUUCUUAGGAGUAUGGGUGUAAAAACUUUUACAAGAUACUUUACAGAAAGCUAAAUAACAUACAGAAUAAACGUGCAUAAAUUUUCUUUUUUCACAAGUAAUAGGCCAGCUGGUAUGGAUGGGUUAGGGUGUUGUAAAGGUUGUGGCUUAAGGGUGAACUAGUGGUCAGUUGGCCCCCCUGGACACAGUGUUGCUGUUAUCGGCAGCACUGCCUUGGCUGGUAACAGCACAGCGCUACCUCUGCAAAGAGUUGUGGACAUUCACCAUGCAUUACAAUCUGGUUAAUGAAAUACAGGUCAUUAAUGUAUGAUGAUGUAAUUGAUUUAUAUGAUUUUGGCAAUGACUGUAUAGCUCAUAUUUUGAAACAUAUUUCCUCUCAAAAGUUUCUGUACACAAGAAAGUUUAUGGAAUGUUUUUUAUCUCAUGAAGAAUUAUUAAUUAUCAUGGAUGUUCCCUCUCAUGUUUCAUACUUAGCAUUUAUACCAAAUAGGUGGGUUUAUAAAACGGUUGAAGGUUUUGGCUUUCAGGUGUACAAAUGUUUACUAUUGUGUUGUGAUAUUAUAUGUUACAAUGUGGAGAGGGCAGAUGAUUAAGGCUAAAGAUACCUGAUGUGGUGGAAAUUCUGUUGCAAAUCAUGAAUAUACAAUAAAUGUAAUAAAACUUGUUGUUCACAAAGCUAUAGGAUCUACUCCUACUGGACUGUGUGUCAUGUUUAUUAGCAUUUCAUGGUUCACUUUGCACUACAAAUAUAUAAUUUAUCAAAGACUAUGGAAAUUGAUACAUAAUGUUGAACAUUUAUGUACUGGUAUUGGAAGAUCAAAGCAAAUGAUACUUUCAUCAACCAUUUUGUCAGACAUUUGUAAAAAAAAAAAAAAAUUGUUGACAAGCUUAGACAGGGACCAGAUACUUAUGACAUGUGAAUAAUAACCUGACAUUCUGUUGUUCCUAAUACACAUGUUGAAAUGAGGUUGAUUUCUAAAGUUUGUUGUAUACGAAA